AUGUCGUGGGCUGCUGAUGUGGAGCAACAGGAAGCUAAUCAGGUGAGAACUGAAACUUCGAUAGUUAUGAUAGAGUUUGAGAAUAUUCAAGAGGAGGUUGAAUACUGGUCUUCUGCUGUUGUAACUACUGAAGGAUUUCAGUUUUUUGAUCAAAAACCAUUGAUAACUCGUAUGUGGGAUCCUGAUAUGCUAUUUGAUAAGUCUAGUAUACAGAAGGUUCCUAUAUGGAUUAAGCUACCUGACCUAGCAUUGAAAUAUUAUGGUGAGAAGAGUCUUUUUAAGAUUGCAGGGUUAGUAGGACAUGCUGUCCAAAUGGAUAAGGCGACUAUAUCAAAAGACAGAUUGCAGUAUGCAAGGGUAAUGGUUGAACCCCAGCUUCAGCAACGGCUCCCUGAUACUAUUCUAUUUUGUAAUGAUUAUGGAAGAGUGGUGGAACAAAGGGUUGAGUAUGAGUGGCGGCCUACUCUAUGUCACAAGUGUGAGGGGAUAGGUCAUGGUGAAGAAGAGUGUAGGAAAGGAGCACAAAUGAAGAAAUGGGUGCAAAAGAAGCCAGUGAGGGUUGAUAAUGAGGGGUUUCAGCAGGUAGGUAAUGGUGUAGCCCCUGUUGAUAAGCUACCUGAGGUGCUUGUUCAUAAUUCUUUUAAUGCACUGCUAGAAGAUGUUGAGGAGAAUAAAGAGGAUGAAGUGGGGAACAAGGCAAAUGAUGAGAGUGUAAAUACAAGGGUGGCAACUGAACAACAACCAGAGGAGGAAAUGGUGGAUAAGGGGCAGGGGCUGACAACCCCUAUACCCAAUGGAUAUCUCCUGGAGACUAGGGUGAAGUCUCCUAAUCUGGGUAGGAUAAUCCUUGGUUGGUGUCCAGGUGCUUUUCAUGUGAGCAUCUUGACUAUUAAUAGUCAAUUUAUACAUUGUGAGGUUAAGCCUACUCAAGGUGGGAGGGGAUUUUUGUGUACAUUUGUGUAUGUGUUUCAUGACCUGCAUAGUAGGGCACCUUUGUGGGAGGGUAUCAAGGAGAUUAAAAGGAAGGCUGAUGGUGGUUGGGUGUUAAUGGGGGGCUUUAAUGUUCUAUCUAGUGUAGAGGAUAGGAUUGGUAGCUCUGUAAGGGUGUCUGAAAUUAGGCCAAUGCUAGAGUGCAUGAAUGAAUGUGGUCUUAGUGAUGUCAAGGCUUCAGGUAGAUAUUUCACUUGGAGUAAUAAGCAAGAGGGUUCAGCCAGGGUGUUUUCAAGGAUAGAUAGGGUCAUAACUAACUCUAUGUGGCUUGACAGUUAUGAUCAGGCAAUAGUGGCAUUCUUACCUCAAGGUAAUUUUGAUCAUACUCCUGUGCUUUUAAGUGUGUAUGAUGUGCCUAUGACAAAAGACCUUUCAAGUUUUGUAACAUGUGGUGUCACUACACUACUAUGA